CUGUACCAAGGCGACCGGGCUCCACUUGUUCAAAAUAAGUAACUUGCUUAGCUUGCUUCGCCCCGAAUCAAUCAAUCAAAUCAAUUUCCUCCGAGUGUUUCGUCGCCAGAUCGAACACAGCCAGGCCGCGGAGGCGGAGGAGCCGAUGGAGCCCGGCCAGUGCGAGAUCGCGCGCCUGCCGGAGGAGAUCCUGUCGGCGGCGCUCUCCCGCACGUCGCCGCGCGACGCCUGCCGCGCCACCGCGGUCUCCCCGGCGUUCCGCGCCGCCGCCGACUCCGACGCCGUCUGGGCCUGCUUCCUGCCGCCGCCCGCCGACCUCCCGCCGCUGGCCGACGGAGAGCUGCUUCCGCCGCCGCCGCGCGGGAAGAAGGACCUGUUCCUCCGCCUCUCCGGCAGCCCCGUCCUCCUCCCAGGCGGACUGAGCAUGUGGCUGGACAGGGCGAGCGGCGCCAAGUGCUACAUGGUGCCGGCGAGGGACCUGUCCAUCGCGUGGCGCGACACGCCGCGCUACUGGUCCUGGAUCCAUCUCACCGACUCGAGGUUCCCUGAGAGUGCUCAACUCAGGUUCGUUUGCUGGUUGGAAAUCCACGGCAAGAUACACAGCAAGUUGCUAUCCCGAGGCUCAGCUUACGCCACUUACAUGGUGUACAAGUUGGACGACGAGUCCUACGGGCUGGAUUGGCCGGCCGAUGCAUCAGUGAGCAUUGGAGGCACCGACCUUGCCCGCAAGGUCUGCCUCCAACCUAACCCGCAAAGAAGCCAUGCAGAGGAUGUAGUGCUCCCUCGUGAAAGGGGUGAUGGUUGGAUGGAGCUGGAGCUAGGAGAGUUUGUCUGUGAGGGGGAUGAAGAUGGCGACGUUUCCUUCGGCCUGGCGGAGACGAAACGUUUGAACGGUAAGGGCGGUCUCAUCAUGCAGGGAAUCGAGAUAAGGCAUAAGAAUUAAAUCGGACUAAUUAAGGGAGGAGCUUCUGGGAUUAAACCGAUCGUAUCCACGGUUUAAUCCAGUAUAUAAAGAGAAACUAAGGCAUCAUAUUUUCUUGCAAUAUGUGUUUUUACACUGCUGUCUUGGGUUUCAUUCUAUUUCUAUUGAUGGGACCGAUGUAUCAUUUUGCUUGUUUCAUCUUAAAAGAACAAACAGUUGAUGAAGAGAGGAAUAUUACCCUCUUUGUGCAGUA